AGUCCAUACGGUUCCUGUGUACCCGAUCGUUACGGGGUGUAAAUGGAGACGGAGAGAUAAAUGGAAAAUAUUGAGAAGGAAUGCUCGGCAUCUUUCAGCACGCGUCAGUAGGAUUCCCCGUGGUGUAGUUGCACAAGAAAUAGACAAGAAGAUAUGCCAAUCAGCAAAUAAACCCCCAUGAUUGGUUAAUUACUGUUUCUGGCCAGAUUGGGCGGAGUUUCUGCAAUGGAAGUUUGUUUAGAUAAAGAUGCGGCUGGCCACGCAGUUUCGGCAACUAUAUUACUUAUGUGCUUCUGAGUUAGCCGCAUUCGAGUUGAAAUCUCACCAGUGCUAUAUACAUUUAUUUGGCAGAGAAGCAGGCGUGAAAAUAAACAGUAAACAAAAAAUAAGAACUAGAACAUUUUUCCUGAAUAACUAGUAUCACUUAUAGAUCUGCAUCAGAGACAUAUAAAACAUUUACCAGGAGUUACUUUUCGUGUAAAACUUAAAAGAUUUGAGGAUUUGUUUCAAAGAAAUUUCCUCCAGUCGUAUAAUCCCCACGGAAUACGGGACAUAAAUUAAGCGUCGGGAGAAUCGGAGGCUCAAAAGGAAAUCACACAGAGACACCAAUAGUGUAAAGCGGACGAAAAUUCCCAGGACAAUAUUUACGCGUACCUUAUGGUUUGUUGCCAGCAGCAGAAUGACAUGUGUUGACGUUAUGUACCAGCCUUACACGUCCUACUUUCCUUAUCAGAGACCCCAUCCCACAUAUGAAUAUCCACAAAAGAAAUUUCGACCAGAUCCUCUGGAUACAAGCAGCUUCGCACUGGGAACACCUUCGUCGUCCUUGGCAACGCAUCUUAGCCACAGUCUAGCAUCUGUAUCCACCGCCGCUUUGGUCACCCCCAAGCUCGAGGACACACCUCACACGCAUGCGCACCAUACAACCGGACUCUCCGUCAGUCACGGUCCACAGCCACACGCAACUCGAGAUGAUCCGGAAAUAAAGCCAAAAGACACUCGUUACCUCAGUGCGAAUUGUGUAUUAUUGACUUAUUUUAAUGGUGACAUUGCUACAAAUGUAGAUGAACAUUUCACAAAGGCGUUGAAUCAGCCGAGCAGUUAUACACCGGACAAUCAAGGGAGUUCACCGUCAUCUUCCAACAGCCCACCUCAUAGACCUAAAGAUUCCACUUUGAUGUCUGAACGAAAUUUCCCUCCUUCAUUUUGGAAUAGUUCUUACCAGCCUACUCCCGUGCCUCCUCCUCACGAUCCUAUUCAAUUCCCUACAGACUCUUACAUGUCGUCAUCGUUACAUGGCAUGACGUCAUCACUCCAUGGUGACCCAUGGCACUACCCACUCGGGUCCAGUAGUCACACAUAUAGCAGAUCCAUGCACGACUUAGCAUCGUAUUCGAGUAUGGGAUCUAGGAGUUUCAAUCCUCAUUAUGGCUCCCUGCUGAUGCAACCCUCUCUUCGUACCCCCAGGUUGGGUCAGUGUGACCUUUCUAAAGUGUCCGAUGCUUGGGGUUCUCGCUAUGGUCACACAGAGUCCAGCAUAACAGAUCAUCUUGCACACCCUCAUACACAGACCUCUUUAUCAGCAUUGGAAAGCUCAUCUACGGAAACAAGUAAAGAUUUGUACUGGUUCUAGAAGUUUGAACAGAAACGAACUGAACUAUCUCGAAGAUCAUGCACUGUCUACGUGCCCUACGAACGCAAAGCUCCCAUUGUGUCCAAAUCUCGUCACUUGAAGAUGGCCAUUGUCGAAUAUCGAUCAGAAUCAGAACUCACGGGUCACUUAUUCUUCUUCAUGGGAGAUUGGACUGGCAAGCAAAUUUUGAUGACUGAGCUGAAAAUGAAAGUGAUAAAAAUAUUUGAAUUGUUUUUACAAUUUUAUCUUCAAUUGUGCUCACAUUCAACACCUGUUACCAUGUUUUCAAAGAUAACAAAUUUUUCACGUACAGCUGAGAUUUAUAAUUAAAUACUGGUAGAGCAAAGGAUACCAGUUAUAAUUUAUUGAAUGGUGAAAUAAUUUUAUCAUAGAAUAUUAAUUAUAAUUUAUUUUAUUUAUUUAUGAAAUCACACAACAAACAUCAUUCACAAACUAAGUUUGGACUGUGUUGUUUUUAUGUCUUGUUAAUUUGAAAAAUCAAAAA